UGUGACACUUGCAGUAAGUUUGUUUCCAACAUUUUUGAACAUUUUGAUGGAUUAAUCAGAAUAAAUAUCUGUAUUGGUUUUUGGUAAACAUGUAUUUCGCCGCUGGUGUUUGACUCUCAUCGGUUCUGAGUGAAAUAAAGCAGAAAAGGAGAAUUUUAAGGUGAAAAGUAUCGAGGUUUGGAGAGCAUGACCGAGGAGACGCUGCUGUUCAUCGAUAUUCGAGACUCAAAGAUCUCCACGGCGUCUGAAGCUGAGACCAGUGGGUCGCUCUGGACCUCCAGCGAUAAUUCCUUCAGAUUUAACUUCGUCACGGACAGCGACACCGCCGCGCCGCCGCUACCGGCGCAGGAGGAAGCGCCUGCAGCCGCGUUCCUGUCCUUCUCAGGCCAGAGCUCUGCUUUUGCUUUCAACUUUCAAAUCCCUGCUGCAGAAGACAUGGACAUGACAGAGGCUGCAAAACCCGCCUCAUUGCUCGGCAACCAAGAGAAAGGUGCCACUGCGUGUGAAGCGUCAGAUCAGGCCAAGACAAAGAAGAAGAAGAAAUCUGGGAAGAAGAAGAAGCUGUCCGACUCCGAGACCCAGCAGAAACCGACAGAAGAGAAUCAGAAAGAGGAAGAGCUGAGCCCAGAAGAGCAGCUGAACAGGGAGCUGAACUGGUGCAUCGAGCAGCUGGAGCUGGGAAUAAAGUCCCAGAAGGGGACAUCAAAACAGAAGGAGGAGGCUUCCCGCGCCCUGAAGACUCUGCGCAGCUACAAAGCUCCUCUGGUCAAGAAGCGGCAGCUGAUGAGAGCCUUGACUGGGGAUUACAGGAAGAAGAUGGAGGAGGAGAAGAACAAGCAGUUCCAGCUCAUUCAGAGCGAAACGGCAUCGGCUCAAGUCAAAGUGGUGUCGGAUUCCCAGAAGAAAUCCGUUUUCCACCGCAGAGCUGAGGCGAGUACCGGUCCAGGAGCCUCACGGGCCCAGCGGCGGACCGAACCGCGCGGCGCUGCGACGCAGGAAGACACGCCAGCCUUCAGCUUCGUUCCAUCACAGCAGGAAUUUCACUUCAAUUUCUUCUGAUGUUUCUGGGCUGAAAGAAAGAUGGAGUUUCUCCAUGAACUGAAAUAAGCAACGGCUGUUUGUGAAAAUUGUCCAAAUCCAAAAGGCUUUCAUUGGUCUGUUUACAUUAAGUUUAAAUAAAAUCAGCUUUUCUUCACUGUUUCAA